ACAUACCGUAUUUCCUUCACUUUCAUAUAUUCUUAACUUUACUAAUUUAUUGUUUAUUUAACCACCUUUCUAAACAUUCCUUCAAUAUUAUCUUUUUUUUGCAACUUUCAAACGACAUAAAUCACCGUAAAACGUAGAAGAAAAUAAACCACUAAAUUUGCAUCUAAUUCCUUUGUUAAAUCAUGGAUGCUUCAAGUGGAAUUACUACUAAUCAAACUGAAGUUGAAGGAGCAGGAGAUAAUGUGCUUGCUAAACAUGUAGCCUUCUUUGAUAGGAAUCAUGAUGGUGUUAUUUAUCCAUGGGAAACUUUCCAAGGAUUUCGUGCCAUUGGAAGUGGGUUUCUGUUAUCCACAGUAGCAGCCUUCUUCAUCAACAUGGGCCUAAGUGGCAAAACCCGCCCUGGGAAAUUUCCUAAUUUGCUCUUCCCAAUAGAGAUAAAGAAUAUCACCAAAGCCAAACAUGGGAGUGAUACCGAUGUCUACGACACACAAGGAAGGUUUGUAGAAUCGAAGUUUGAAGAUAUCUUUAAGCAGCAUGCUCAUACAUGUGCGAAUGCUCUUACUUCUGAUGAACUUAAUGAAAUGCUCAAGGCAAACAGAGAACCUAAAGAUUAUGGAGGAUGGAUUGCUGCCUAUUCUGAAUGGAAGAUUCUAUAUUAUCUGUGCAAGGACAAGAAUGGUUAUUUGCCAAAACAAACCAUUCGAGGAGUGUACGAUGGAAGCUUAUUCGAGCAGAUGGAGAAGGAUGCACAAUCUAAGAAACACAAACAAGGUGUUCAUGGAGGAGAUAAAUAAGUUAAUUGCAGUUGAUCUUCACUGUCAGCAUCAAAUCGUUGUUGUGGCUAUGUAUCUAAUAGUUGGGUUUGAAUUUAUACAUUGUUGUUCAUUGUAGUGAUUGUGUGAUAUUGAUUGUAAUUUUAUGUACAUUGUUAUUACAGUUUACAAGGUUGUAUUAUGUCACAUAUUUGUGUUUGUGUGUGUCGGGGGUGAAUAUUACUACCAAGCUAGCCUUGGUCUCGUGAUAGGAAUGCGAGCUUGUGAAUUUUAAGGUCACGAGUUUGAUUUCUAGUUGACUUUGGGAAAGAAACGGUAUUUUCUUUCCUAUGUCAUGAUUGUCAUCUACUCUUUAAGCUAGAUGUACUAUUGGUUUUGAUUUGUAGCACCUUACAAUUGGGCCUAGGGCCAAAUUUGAUU